AUGGGGAGCGAAGAAGGUGAUGGAAUGGCGAACGUGGAUGCCGCCUCUUCGUGGCAACAAUAUUACACCUGGUGUGGCUCUUAUUCUCACCCACAUUCCCAUUCACAUCCCCAUGGUGGCGGUGGAGGUGGUGGUGCGACAGCUCCAGUUCAACCACACACUCAUUCGUCCCAUCAUCCCCACUUUCAUCAUCCGAAUCAUCUGAAUCAGUACCAAGGAGAUCAGUAUCAACAGCAAUCCCUGGCGGCAUCCAGUGCCGCGAACGCGUCCGCCCACUAUUCAACCUCGCAGCAGUAUCAUCUGCAGCUGCAACCCGCCCAGACGCCACCCUUGCACCAACAGCAACAGUUCCACCCUGUUAGGGGACAGACCGUGGCGAGGAGAGCCGCUCCAUACGACAGAACAGGUAUCCAAUAUGCAAAUUUUGAAAUCUUUGAGAUUUGGGAACUUGGAGAUUUGAAGGCUUUGGGAUUUCGAUGCUUUGAAAUUCGGAAACUUAGAGAUUUCAGGGCUUUGAGAUUUCGAUGCUUUAAGAUUUGGGAACUUGGAAAUUUGAGAGCUUUGAGAUUUGGAUGCUUUGAAAUUCGGAAAUUUAGAGAUUUGGAAGCUUUGGGAUUUGGAUGCUUUGAAAUUUGGAAACUUAGAGAUUUGAGAGCUUUGGGAUUUGAAAUCUUUGAGAUUUGGAAACUUAGAGAUUUGAGAGAUUUGGGAUUUGAAAUCUUUGAUAUUUGA